AAUUUCUCAGUCUCGAUUCUCCAAAAUCUCGUAUCAAUUUAUUAUUUUCUUUGAGAAUAAAUUGUUUCGUCGAGAGAGCUUGCUUACCUCGACUUUCGAAUCAUCUCGGUUUCUCCUCCACGAUCUGAUUCCGCAAUGCGCACUUGCUCCAUUCAUUAAGCGCACUAGUCUCCAUCUUGAUCUUUCGCAAUGGUGGUCUGCAAAUGCAGAAAGGCUACGAAGCUAUAUUGCUUUGUUCACAAGGUCCCUGUCUGUGGGGAAUGCAUUUGCUUCCCUGAGCAUCAAACUUGUGUGGUCCGGACUUAUUCAGAAUGGGUGAUAGAUGGAGAGUAUGACCAGCCUAAGUGUUGUCAAUGCCAAGCAGCCUUUGAUGAGGGCGGAGCUCAUCAACUCACUCGUUUGGGUUGCUUGCAUGCUAUACAUACAAGUUGCUUGGUUUCACUUAUCAAGAGCCUUCCUCCUCAUACAGCACCUGCUGGUUAUGUCUGCCCAACAUGUAGCGCUCCUAUAUGGCCUCCCAAGAUGGUAAAAGAUGCAGGAUCUCGGCUUCAUGCACAGUUAAGGGAAGCGAUUAUGCUGACUGGUCUUGAAAAGAAUCUAUUUGGGAACCAUCCAGUUUCUAGAUCCACAAAAUUUGCUCCUGCAUUUGCUUCAGAUGCAUUAAUUAAUGCUCAUACACAAGAAGGGAGGAAUCUUCUAGCUGAAAAUGGAGAAUAUUCCAAAUCUGCGGUUUCAGAGAUAGUUGAGAUAGAUGUUCCUUCUUCUGCUGAGAAUUACAUGAAAACCUCAAGCCCUGGACAUGUUGCUGCUGCGCGGAAAGGCAUACCCGCUGUGGACAGACAGAACUCCGAGACUCUAUAUUAUGCAGAUGACGAAGACGGGAAUAAGAAAAAGUACUCAAGACGAGGUCCACUUCGUCACAAGUUUCUGCGGGCUUUACUACCAUUCUGGUCAAGUGCGCUACCUACUCUACCCGUGACUGCACCACCUCGUAAAGAUCCAACAAAGGCAGAAGAUGGUUCAGAAGGACGUGUAAGACAUCGGUCAUCAAGGAUGGAUAUAAGGAAAAUACUCCUUUUCUUAGCAAUCAUAGCGUGUAUGGCAACAAUGGGGAUUUUAUACUAAAUUGGUCAAGAAAUAACCGACGAGGAGCAGCAAUGAGGUAAAUAUCGUAUCGGAGAGGGACGACUAGAAAAUGUUUUGUUAGAAGUUGAUUUCGAGAAUUGUGGGAU